ACAAGACCAGUCACUAGCUUAUCUGUACCAUGUGAUCAGGGGCGGACUGACCAUUUGAAAACUCGGCACUGCCCGAGGGCCCGGGAGUCAGUAGGGGGCCCCGUGAGAUGCCCCUGGUACCUUUUUCAUAGGCUUUUUUGAGUUUGGGGAAGGACACAGGGGCCCCAUGAUCCCCUAUUGCCCCGGGGCCCCAUGAGUUGUCAGUCCGCCCCUGAAUUAGAAUGUGGCUGUGAUUAGGUUUAGAGUUAGUUC